AUGGCAAAUAGUGAAAUGGGCCAGCUGAUCCAUCUACAAGGGUUUAUAUCCUCUUCAGGUUAUGCCAAAAUCAUUGGCAUCCUGCUAGCAGGUCUCUGGCUCUCUUUGCUGCUAUCUCAACAUCGAAAACCGAAAGUCCGCGGGGCGCCAACGUUCGGCAGUCACUGGUGGUGGGAGCCAGGCCUUCUGACGCAAUCUAGAUUCACCUUCGGCGCUCGUGAUAUCAUUGCAGCCGGAUAUCGUAAAUUCAAACAUAGACCAUUCGUAGUCAGACGUUUCGACGUUGAUAUUACGGUGUUGCCUAACAAAUACCUGAGCGAACUGCGUCUCGUCCCACCAACUCAACUGAGUGCAGUAAAGGCACAAGUAGAUAACCUUGGUCACAAAUGGACACACACAACCAUAAUGACCGAAUCCAAUCUCCAUUUCCGGGUUAUCCAGAACAAACUCAUCCCCGAGCUUCCUAAGUACUUAGAUAUUGCCAAAGAAGAACUAGACUAUGCAUGGGAGAUUGAAAUCCCCCACUCUAAGGAAUGGCAAGAAGUCAACAUUCAGCAGGUGAUGAGGAUGCUCGUGGCCCGGAUGUCAGCCAAAGUGUUCAUGGGCUACCCUGCUUGUAGAGACGUGGAGUGGUUGAAUCUUUCGAUAGACUUCUCAAUCGAUAUGUUCACAGCAGCUUUCACUCUGAGGAUGUUCCCGCCUUACACUCAUCCCGUUAUUGCUCAUCUCAUCCCAGCACGAUACAGGAUCAACCGGAAUCUCAAAACUGCGGAAAGAAUAAUCAGGCCGCUUAUGGAUAUGCAUAGAGCUGCCGCUCGGAAACGGGCCAUGGGAGAACAGGUAGACGAAGAUGACACGCUCUUGAAUUGGAUGAUGGACCACGGCGACGAGAAGGAGAAUGUUCCUGAGAACAUGUCGGUGCGACAGGCUAUAUUGACCCUAGCUAGCAUCCACACAACGUCAAUAGCGGUUGCAAAUAUCCUCUUCGAUCUUUGUGCCUGGCCUGAGUGGUUUCCCAUUCUGAGAGAAGAAAUCAGUCAGAUUACGGAUGAACUAGGGCCCAUCGAAUCAGGGUUAAGAUGCGGAGCAAAAGAUUGGCUUUCGCGUCUGGAAAAGCUUGACAGCUUCUUCAUUGAGAGCCAGAGGUUCAACCCACCUAUCUUGCUUGGACCCCAAAGAGUCGCUCUGGAGACUCUCACGCUGAAAGAUGGGACGUAUAUUCCCGCCGGAUCUAGAAUCUCCUGGGCUGGCCAUCACCAUCUGAAUGACCCGGCCGUAACUCCCGAACCGGAGCUCUUCGACCCUAUGAGAAGCUACCGAAAGCGCCAUUCUUCCGCAGACAACAUGAAUAAACACCUGGCGGGGCAGACCAACACAGAUAACGUAUCGUUUGGCUAUGGAAAGUUAGCUUGCCCAGGGCGAGCCUUUGCCGUGGGCGAAAUCAAACUCAUCCUCGCCCGACUUAUCCAUCAAUUCGAAUUCAAGUUCCCGGAUGGCAAGUCCCGGCCUGUCAAUAUGUACGCCGACGAAAAUGUUUUCCCGGAUCCCGAGGGCCGAGUUAUGAUGAGACUCAGACAGAGGUAAUAUUCGUAAAGAGUUACUACAUCUCAUUGUGGCAAGGUUGCUCGUAUAAUAAAGGGGCGGGUAGAGAAGAAGUCAACAUGAUGCAGUGCGAGGGAAAAGAGUUAGGGGGUUGAGGCAUAAAAAUGUAUAAAGGAAUUAAUUGAUACGGAGGGAUACAGCUGAAAUAUGAAAAUAUCAGAAGCUGGGG